CAGACCACAAACCUUGGCGUGGCCUGUCCUGCUCAAUCUUUGAGACGUUAAAGAUCAUGAAUAUUUUGUAACUAUCUACGGUUCUCUGUGUUUUAACUUUUAAUGCAUAGGAACAGAAAAUUAAAUUGGGCCAAUACUCAAAACAAUUGUAAAACUUUUUCUUAUUUAAACUAACAUGCAUAAUAAUAAAAAUUCCAAGACAUUUAUAAAAAGUUUUAAAACUCUUUUCGGGUCUAAACCAAUAUGUUAUAGUAUUGGUGGUCCUUGUUUAGGAAAGAAAUAAUAAUGGUCAUAUUUGUACAAUUUAGCAAUGAUUAAGUCAUAUUUAAAUAACUGCUCUUGUUAUGAAUCUCGCUAGAGCUGUUUCUUCCAUUUUUGACAUAGUUGAAGAAAGGCCGGCACUUUUUCUUGGUAAUCGGGUGGGCUUGUCUUCGUGUGUUGCUUGUCCAGUCGCGCCGAGGAGAGGGCUCCGUAGGUGCAGUCAUUUGACUCAACUUCGGCUGAUUUGGUUUGGUCGGGAGGCGGAGAGUGCGGCGCAAAUCAAAGGAUUUGGAUGGAUGCAUGAUAUUGUUGAAUCAUUACAGGAAGAUUUUGCUAUUGGAGAGGAGCUGGGAUAGCGAACUGAAUUUCGAUGACGAGGGAGGCGAGCAGUUUGCUGCAGUCGAGGAGAGAGACGAAAUCCCGGUGGUUGGAGUCAUUUUCACGGACUGAAAAAUCAAAUAUUAAGUUUUCAAAGAUCUUUUGGCUUCUAUUUGGCAUCCGGGUAAAGGGGUCACCAUCAAAGAUAUAUAUGAUAAAAGAGUCUACAAUGGAAGAUUGUACUAUCACACCCCCGAGUUCAAAAGUGAAGCGCAAUAAUCAUCAGUGGUCUCCUCAUGAAGACAAAAUACUCAUUGAGGGUUGUCUGGAAUUGAUCAACCAAGGUUGGAAAGCUGAAAAUGGAUUCAAAACUGGUUUUUAUCAGCAGCUGCAGAAGUGGAUGGCUACAAAAAUCCCUGGUUGUCAUAUUUUGGGAGAUCCAAAUAUAAAAAAUAGGUUAAGGCAUUUAAAAACUCAAUAUAAGGAAUUCUCUAUGAUGAGGGGUGCUUCAGGUUUUGGCUGGAAUGAGGAAACCAAAAUGGUUAAUUGUGAUGAUGAGGUUUGGGCUUCUUGGAUUAAGGUAUUAUAUCUAAAUUAUUGCACGUGUUAAAUAUGGUUAUACGUUAUUUGUGACUUUUACUUAUUUUUUAAUCAAUAUCGUCAUUCUAGGGACAUAAAGAGUCAGUUCAUCUUAGACACAAGUCAUUCCCUUAUUAUGAUGACCUAGCAAUAAUAUUUGGUGCUGAAUGGGCAACUGGGGAUAAGUGUGAGUCUCCAGCUGAAAUGGUGACUAGUUUAGGAAAAGAAAGUGCACCUCAAGAAGGAGCUCAUGUUCCAAAAAGUGUUGUCCAUGAUGAUUUUUUUGGUGUGGCUGUGGAUCUCGAUACUACGAAUGAUGAUAUUUUUUCAUCGCCUGAUAUCAACAGAAAUAAGAAGCGGACUCUUGGUAUUUCCAUCAAGAAGGAAUUUGAGGAGCCAUCAAAAAAGUCAAAGAAGAAUGAGUUUGAUAAACAUGCUGAAGUGUUCCAAAAAAAAAUUGAAACAGUUCUCGAAAUGUGUGCUACAUCAAACAAGCAGUUUGAGAAAGUGACAACAUUUUUUGAUCGUUUUAAUGCUGCUGAUGAUGUUAAGCCACAUAUACUACAGGUGAUAAUGAAUCUGCCAGAUUUAAGUAAGGAGCAGGCGAUACGUGCAUUUGGAAUUAUAUCAUCUAGCAAAGGAAAAACGGAUUCUUUCUUACUCAUGCCAGACGAAGAGGCGAAGUUGAUUUAUGUCCGAGCUGUCUUGAACGGAGAAAUCUAAUUAGAGGCAUUUUAGUGACUUUCUAUGAAUUUUUUAUCAUUUAGUUUUAUUAAGACAAUAUUGGAUUUCUAUUUAAUCCUUUUACAUUCCUUCAAAGUGUUACUGUUUUGGUAGUUGAAACUACGACAAUAAAGUAAUUUUCAAUUUAAACUUUUCAAUUUAUAAUGUCUACUUUGUGCUUUCAAUUCAAAUAAACUGCUAUUUCACAUACAUUUAUUUUUUACAAGUGUAUGGAAGCAAAAAUUAGUAAUAUAAUUUGUCAUCGGCAAGUAUAAUGAGUUGGUUUCAAAUAGUUACAAAAAUAACAUUUUGAUCCCCCUCGACCCAUUGUAUAUUGCUGGAGAACAGCGCCAUGGCACACUCGCGAGUGCAUCAUCGACAACUGCAGGUACCAUAUUGCUGGAGAAAAAGCCAUGGCCACAAAUUUUUGCUAUCACACGCAUGAAGUGAUGUACGGAGUAGUUUUUUAUAAAUAUUUUACUAUGUAAAGUUAUUUUUGUUAUCAAACAUUGCAAAGACUUUGCGUGUAAUUUAAAAAUAGAUUACAUAGGUAACCAAAUGGUGUAUCUUUAUUUUACAUGCAAACAAUUUUACAUGUCCUAAACUUUACAUGCAAUCAUUUUGCAUGCAAAGUUUUAAUGUGUAAACUACCAAACGAGCCCUUAAUGUGAAUAUAAGUCACUG